CAGGCCGGCCCUGGCCUCCUGACCCAGACAGCGCAGGGCGCGAGAAAUCGCGCGGCCGAGCCCGGGUCGCGCCGCCCCCAGCCUCGGGGCCGCUAGCCAAGUGUUCGAGGCCUUCCUGAUCCGGAUGUGAUGAAAAGGAGCAACAGAGGGAGAAGUGUUUCUGGAUUGUAGGAGUGGAAGGGGGGAAAAAGAGGCAGAGAGUGGGAAGGCCCCCUCGCAGGGGAGCCGGCUGGAGUGAGCUGGCUGGAAAGAGGGGGCGGAGUGCGCGGAGUCAGAGCCGCCACCGCUGCCGCAGUUGCCGCCACUGCGGCGUCUGGGCUGAGCCGGAGGGAGGCGGGAGGGACGCGCAGGGGCGGCCGCCGCCGUCGUCAGGCCACCGGGGCGAAAAUGCGGCCGCUGCCGGAGCCUCGCUAACUUUCCGGGGCGGAAGAGGAGGAGGAGGAGGAGGAAGGGGCUUGGAGCGACUAGGGAGGGAUGCGGAGAAGCAGUCAGUUCCCUGCACCCAGCACCUCACAGCCCUUCCUCCGUGCGCCCUGCCGGGCGGCGAGCUAGGCGGCAGCGGCGCGGCGCGGGCUCGGCGGAGCGGCCCAUGUCCGGCACGGGCGAAGCCCUCGCUCCCGGGCCCGUGGGGCCGCAGCGUGCGGCCGAGGCGGGCGGCGGCCGGCUGGGCUCCACAGCCCAGGGAAAAUCUGAUAAAGACAAUACUGAGAAAGAUAUAACUCAAGCUACCAAUAGCCACUUCACACAUGGAGAGAUGCAAGACCAGUCCAUUUGGGGAAAUCCUUCAGAUGGUGAACUCAUUAGAACCCAACCUCAGCGCUUGCCUCAGCUUCAGACUUCAGCACAGGUGCCGAGUGAUGAGGAAAUAGGCAAGAUAAAGAAUGGCCACACAGGUCUGAGCAAUGGAAAUGGAAUUCACCAUGGGGCCAAACAUGGAUCCACAGAUAAUCGCAAACUUUCAGCACCUGUUUCUCAAAAAAUGCAUAGAAAAAUUCAGUCCAGCUUGUCUGUAAACAGCGAUAUCAGUAAGAAGAGCAAAGUAAAUGCUGUCUUUUCCCAAAAGACAGGCUCUUCACCUGAAGAUUGUUGUGUCCACUGUAUCCUGGCUUGCUUGUUCUGCGAAUUCCUGACCCUUUGCAAUAUUGUCCUGGGACAAGCGUCAUGUGGCAUCUGCACCUCAGAAGCCUGCUGCUGUUGCUGUGGAGACGAGAUGGGGGAUGACUGUAACUGCCCUUGUGAUAUGGACUGUGGCAUCAUGGAUGCCUGUUGUGAAUCAUCAGACUGCUUGGAAAUCUGUAUGGAAUGCUGUGGAAUUUGUUUUCCCUCAUAAAUAUUUAUCUUUUGUUUGUGUUAAAACUGGAGAGUGUUUAAAAAUUUAUUUUUGGGGGGAAGAAAAGCACAUUGUAAGAUUCUCAUGAAACAACAUGGAAUUUGCACUGUUAACUCAUUAUUGUAAGUAAUCUCUGAAAGCCUUUUUACUUUAACCAAAUCUACGUGGUUUAAUAUGUGAAAGUUUAACUACUUUAACUAGUUUUAUAAACUUCUUAAUAUGUUACAAUAACUUAGGGACAUUUUGACAGUCCCCUCCCCAAAUGUUAAGUGUCUUCUCCUUUUUCCUGAUAUUUCUGUUACUUCUAACCAUUCUCAGGAGCACUUUGCUCCAAAUAUAUUAUUUUUCAGUGUGUAUUUAAACCAGGCAGUUUAUUUCGAUAUGUAUCUAUUCGUGAUUGAAAGAAAGCAGUCUUGGCCAGGCACGGUGGGUCACGCCUGUAAUCCUGGCACUUUGGGAGGCCAAGGUGGGCAGAUUGCCUGAGCUCAGGAGUUCAAGACCAGCCAGGGCAACAUGGUGAAACCCCGUCUCUACUAAAAUACAAAAAGUUAGCUGGGCGUGGCGGUGUGUGCCUGUAGUCCCAGCUGCUCGGGAGGCUGAGGCAGGAGAAUUGCUUGAACCCGAGAGGCAGAGGUUGCGGUGAGCCGAGAUUAUGCCGCUGAACUCCAGCCUGCACUCCAGCCUGGGCGACAGAGCGAGACUCUAUCUCUAAAUACAUACAUACAUACAUACAUACAUACAUACAUACAUACAUACAUAAACCAGUCUUUAUUUUAAAAGAAACUUUAGGAAACAAACCCACAUAAUAGUUGGGAACCAGUGUUGAUCUCUCUCCCUUACCUUCUCCACUUGUUCAACAGACGCUGAAUGCCUAUUGUGUAGACUCUCUUCCUCAGACUGUGGGGACAGAUACAAUUCCACUCCUGUCCACAGGAACAUGAGACUUAGCAGACUAAGGAGAUCUGUAAAGAAUGAACCAUACCACAAGGCAUACUGAAGUGAGGAUUGUAAGAGAAAUAAACUCAAAUGCUGUCAGAAUAUGCAGAAAAUUGCUACCAGAAUAUUCAGUAAGGCUUCAGGGAGAAUGUGGCAUUUGAGGACUCUCUUAGAAUGAGUGAUUCAUCUGCUAUUUAAACGAAUUAUUUAGAUUUUUGACAAAGUUUUAGGUGGACACCCUAAACUGUGUGUGCCUUUAACCAGUUAAAAGAACAGUGCUUUCAGCAUACUUUUUUAUUAGUUGUAGGAAUACAGCUUUUUAAAAAAGCUAUAAAGUUUAAAUUAACUAAAAAUAUGCAUUUCCUUACACAUAAUUUAAAUGUUAUCAUACUUUUUUGAUGAAAACAUAAUGCCUUAGUAAAAUAGCUCUAUUUAAUAAAGAAGAUUGAGUACUCUGACACAUUUCAUUUAAAUUAGGAAAUUUUUAAUAUUAAAAUCCCAGUGUUCUAAGUUAUUAUUGAAAGACUUUCUUUUAUUUUGAGAGCUUUAGGUCUUUUUGGGAUGAGAACAUUUUAGUUGCUUGGUUUGUUUCUUAAGCAGUGCUAUUUUUUGUAAACACAGAUAAAUGGAAACCAUUCUUUUCAAUGCAGAAGAAAUCUAGAUAUCCACUACUGUGACCAAAUUUCUGUAUUAUGAUUUUAUGUUAAAUUAAACUAAUAUGGCAGGUUAUAAUGAUCCUUAAGUGUAAAGAAAUCAGUCAAUUACAAGACUAAUUAUAUAGUUAUUGAGACGUAGAGUGUGUGGCUUAGAUGAAAGGGAGAGUAAAUUUUCAUACCAUGCACUUUCCUGCUCAGUUUGAUCUCUCUAAAAUUGUAGUUUGGUUUGAUUUAAUAUACUUCUUAGUAGAAAUUUUGAAAGUAUGCUUUGGGAUUAAUAAUUAUUUUUAAUUUUUCUGGCUGAAUAUCAAAUUGAUAGUAACAACAGAAGCAUAAUUUUAGGAAGGCUUUUGCAAACCUAGCCUUUUAAGAGAGGUUUUUAACCUGAAGCAUGAGAAUAUAUCACCUGUGUUUUUUCCUUUGCGAUGAAACCAGUUUCUAGUUAUAUCAUUACUUAAAGGGCUUAAAAAAGAAAAAACUUAGCAAACUUUUGAAUCUUUCUUUUAUUGCUAUUUACACAUACAUACACACAUACAAAACCUUUAAAUUUUGGGAUCUGAACAUAAUUCUGGUAAACAGCUGUCUUCAUUUUUACUCCUCUAAAGAACUUAAUUCAUUUGUUACAUAAAAUAUAAGGAAAUCUUUGUACUAUUUUACAGUAAUCACAAUCUAAAUAUUUACAUAUACCCAAAAUUAACUUAUGCUCAUAUAUUAGGAUGUGAGAAUAUCAUCUGUUUAUGGACACGUGAAACCUCCUAAUGACCUGUAAUUGUUAGAAUAUUUGACUUUUUAUAUGCAAAGUUUUUCAACCAAGUGAUUUGUCUAAUAUUUAAACAUAUGCUGGCACAAUUUGUGAUGAAAAUAUUAGUACAUUUGAAAUAAUGUUUCUCCAUAACAGAGAAUGUUAAUGGAUACCAGAAUUUUAUUUUUGUAUUUGUGUUCAUAGUACUUUUCCUCUUGUCUACUCCAGACAGUCAUUCCAUAAAGCAUUUUGUAUAAUUAAAAGGAAAACAGAAAAAGGAAAAGUAGGCAAAUGUGAAAAUAGUUUCAAUAUAUCUUGUGAUUUCUUAAUGUAAAAUGUUUUGUUGAAGUAUAUGGCUAUCAUGACUAAGUGCUAGAAUUUAUAGUUAUAGGUGGUGUCCUUUUAAAUGUGGAAAGGCUUUUAAAAUAUUUUAAAACUGGACCUGUAUUAUCCGGAAUACACUAUUUUGAAAAUUUUUAAAAA